AUGGCCAAGAAGAAGAAGACGCAGCUCAAGCCGAUCGCUCGCGGCUUUGCGACGACCUCCCAGCCCAAGAAGGUCGUCCCUGUGCAGGAGGAUGACGUCCCGGCUACUCCCGAGCAGAACAUUACUACCUUGAAGGAGAACGAGGCAACCUCUGCCUCUACUCCCGAACAGGACGCUGUCGAGGCUGCUCCCGCGACAGCCGUGCCAGAGUCCAAGGAGUUCGAUCCUGAGCAGGCGGACGAGCAGUCUUUGCAGAAUUUGGUGGACAAGCUUCAGGAGAAGGUCGAGAAGGACAUUAGGCGAUCCGUCAAGGGUAUUCAACAGGACAGGCGCUUCGCGGAAACGCUGCCUUCUCUUGACCUGGACUUGCGUCUCGUCGACCGAAUUUUGGCACUGGUCCGCGAAGGUCAAGCAGAGCCGUUGCAUGAAGUUCAUCGACCUGUCAAUGAUACUGAAGAGAAGGCGACCACGCGUCUCGCCCUGACGUAUGGCAUUCUUCGACGCCUUGGCUUCACAGAAGAUCGUGUUAUGGAGUGCUUCAACUCUAUCUCGGGCUAUGACAUUGACGAAGCUUACGAUUGGCUGUGCUUGCAUUGUACGGAUGAUGAAUUGGACACCACAAGAGGCGACGCUACGGGAAAGGACAGGCUGUUACCACCUUCUACGCCUCGGACCCCCAAGACGACCACAUUCGCCAAUGAGAUACCUCCCUUACCGACGUCCCCUUUGCCCACCUCGAAGUCAAAGCUCGAUGCUUCCGCUCCUGCAUUUGUGCCCUCGCGAAUAGCGGCGUCGCUGGCCGACGGCAGCGGUACCGCGACACCGUCCGAAGCAGACUCCCUCGAUGAUGAUCCGAACUCAGAGUACAUCCGCCUACGCCUGAAGCUUGACGACCUGACGCGUGUCAAGCCGGGGACGUCUACCGCUGAAGACGACGCUUUCAUAUCUCAACUACAUGCUCGUCUCACCGCUGUCAAGUCCCACUACUUCUUCGACCAGAAGAACGCCGACAAGGCUUACAGGGAAGAGCGGAAGCGGGUGGACCACGAUAAGCAGCAGGCACGACUUCGCAAGAACCAGCGACCAGAGCGUCCCCUCAAGCUGGCUACCCCGCCGACUGCUACACCUCCACCAGAGACCGCAUCAGUAUCUGAGAAAUCAGAUGUUUUUGAUGGUGGUGAAGAUGAUGGUCCCAUGUUCGAGAUCUUGGACGAGAUGCCUACGGAGACAACUGCGCCCUCUGGUACCACCAUCCGCGUCCGCAAUAUGCCCUUGCCGAAAUCAUCCUCGGCUCGUGUGCCCAAGAAGAUAUUACAGGAAAACGUUCUUAAGCAGGACGCCUACGCUACGAUCACCUACAGGGAUAUUUCCGGAUCAACCCGCGUCAAGAGAGCGAGCGUGGCACUUCGAUGGAGUGGUGGGAAAGCUGACGAGUUUAGUAUGGAUGACGUCGCCUGUCAUGAUCUCGCGCAGGCGGAACAGUAUAUCGCCACCAUUGCUCUACACGCUCUCACAUACCGUGUCUCCGAAGGGUUCGCCGGCGGCGGAGCUCCAGCACAGAGCCCAACGUUCUUCAGGUUGUUGCCUCCCGCUUACAGAGAACUCUGGGACGAGCUUGAGGAGCAGCGAAAGAUUGCAGACGAUGCUGUUAAUCGGGACGUCUGGGCCAAAUUGCGUGCUAUCGUUGAACAGAAGAUGGCCCACCAGGACACGCUCCCCGUUAAGGUCGAGAAGCCCAUCGCCGAGAACCGGAGGAACGGGUUCCGCCGCGGCUACGCGACCGCCCAGGGUCAGGAUCCUGAGCAGCUCAAAGAGGCCUUCCUCGAGAGACAGGCAUCACCUGCCUAUCAGGAGAUGCUGGAGCAACGUAAUAGGCUACCCAUUGCGCAGUACCGUCAGCAUAUCAUCGAAUCCCUUGAACAAUCUCAGGUGCUCGUACUGAGCGGAGAAACUGGAUGCGGGAAGUCCACCCAACUCCCAGCCUUCAUCCUCGAGGAUCAUCUCAUGCGUGGACAAUACGCGAAGAUCUUCUGUACCGAGCCGCGCAGGAUCUCGGCACUGUCAUUAGCCCAGCGAGUGUCGCGUGAACUCGGCGAUGCGCCUGGCGUUGUUGGAACAGCCAAUUCAUUGGUCGGGUACUCGAUUCGUCUAGAGAGCAAGAUCCACCGAAACACUAUGCUUGCCUACGUGACCAACGGUAUCGCGCUCAGGAUGUUCGAAGGAGGUAGCGAGGGAGGUUUUGAUGAAGUAACUCACAUCAUCGUAGACGAAGUGCAUGAACGUGGCAUCGAGUCUGACUUCCUAUUGCUCGGUUUGAAGUCCCUGCUGGUCCAGCGGCCCGACUUGAAAGUUGUUCUGAUGUCCGCGACGUUAGACGCUGAGAAGAUAUCUGCCUACUUUGGCGGCUGCCCUGUUCUUCAAGUUCCAGGCCGAACUUUCCCUGUCGAUGUUAAGUAUCUUGAGGAUGCUGUCGAGCUCACUGGAUGGUCUAUCGACGAGAACUCGCAAUAUGCGAUACGUGGUAACGACAAGUUUCACAAGGGCAAGAAGAACAUCGACUGGUCCGAAGAGGCCUCGCCGGAUGACGAAGACGAGGAUUCGAAUGGCCCUACACCCGGUGCGCCAACCCUCGAGAAGCGAUACUCUCAACGAACCAAGACGACCAUUACCCUUUACGACGAGCGCCUGCUGCCAUACGACCUCAUCGUCAAGCUCCUCGAGUACAUCUGCUACCAGGGCCCUUAUGAUGAAAUGUCUGGGGCAAUCCUCAUCUUCAUGCCUGGUUUGGGCGAGAUCCGCAAAUUGAACGACAUUCUCACGGACCAUCCCCACUUUGGAUCUGAGCACGAGUUCAUCAUUCACCCUCUGCACUCGACUACGUCAAGCGAUCAACAAGGUGCUGUGUUCAACGUUCCACCUCCAGGUAUUCGCAAGAUCGUAAUCGCGACCAAUAUCGCGGAGACAGGUAUCACCAUCCCUGAUAUCACUUGUGUUAUCGACACCGGCAAGCAUCGCGAGAUGCGCUUCGACGAGAAGCGGCAGCUAAGCAAGCUCGUGGAAACCUUUGUGGCGAAGAGUAAUGCUGCUCAGCGGCGCGGUCGUGCUGGACGUGUUCAGCGCGGUUUAUGCUUCCAUCUAUUCACGAAGUACCGUCACGAUACGAGGAUGGCCGAACAUCCUGAGCCUGAGAUUCUGCGCCUUAGUCUCGCGGACCUCGCUCUGCGAACGAAGACAAUGAAGGUCAACCUAGGCACCUCCGUCGAGGACAUCUUGACCAAGGCUCUCGAUCCGCCAUCUCCCGUCAACAUACAACGCGCAGUGUCCGUCUUGGUCGAGGUCCGCGCACUCACACCGGAUGAGGAGAUCACACAUCUCGGUCGCCUUCUCAUGCGCCUCAGCCUGGACGUGCACCUGGGCAAGUUCUUGAUCAUGGCUUGCCUCUUGCAAUGCCUUGAUCCGGCCCUCACCAUUGCGGCGGCAUUGAGCGCGAAAUCGCCUUUUGUAACGCCAUUCGGGCAUGAAGUGCAGGCCGACCUGGCCAAGAAUUCGUUCCGCGUCGAGAACUCGGACUUCCUCACAUUGCACCAAGCGUUCUCUGCCUGGCGUAACGCCUCGGCGAACAAGGGUGCCAGUUUUGCCCGGGAGUUCUGCCGCAAGAACUAUCUCAGUCACCAGAACUUGCUGCAGAUCAAAGAGCUCCGCGAGCAGUUCUUGAGCUAUCUGCUGGACUCAGGGCUCAUUCAGGUCGACAACACGUUCGUCAGGGAGCUACAGAAGACGCGCUACGGCCGUACACGCGCAACUAAAUUCAUCAAUAUUCCCACGGACCUUGAUUGCAAUUCAUAUAACGUGCAUAUCGUAAACGCUGCUCUAGGCUCCGGGUUGUAUCCAAAGCUACUACACGUCAAUCCUUCGACUGGCCAGCUCACUACGAUCUCCAACAAUCAAAGCGUCGCCUUUCAUCCUUCGUCCGUCAACUUCAAGAGGAAACCAGCUGAUUUCGGCGUCAACCAUCUCACGUACUUCACACUCAUGCACUCGAAGAAGCUGUAUGCUUGGGAGACUGGUCCAGUAGAAGAUAUCGCCAUCCUGUUGCUUUGCGGAGAUAGCGAGUUCAAGUUGGCCUCCGAUUGGGCCAAUGUCGAUCGGAAGGUGAGGCUCCGCGUCGCGUCGCCUAAAGUCAACCUCGCUUUGAAGCAUCUACGCGCUCAAAUCGCUUCCCUGCAUGUUGCACAACUCCGUUCCUCCCCUUUGACGGAGACGCAGGCCCAAUGGAAGGAGCUCGCAGUCAUGAUCUUGGGCAAGUUACGUAUCAUCGACCCCGACGAGGGAAGAAUUGGCAUUCGUUAA